GGCAACUGAUUUCAAACUGCGACAACUUGCCCCAAACAUAAUGUAUCACUUUAUUUCCAUCGCGCUGUUUGUAGCUAAUUCCCCCAUUGCCCUUGCGUCAUCCGUACUACACUCUCCAGCCCAGAUAGCCUCUUGGGAAACUCUGGCACCGAUUUCUCUCUUCGCACGACAAGAGCACACAGCCGUAUUCCUCCCGCCUUCAACCAUCGCAAUUUUAGGAGGGGUCAUCCCUGCGAAUACCUCCGACCCGCCCGUCGACACUACGUCGUUGAUGCAAUUUUACUUUAUCCACAACAACACCUGGCUUACCAAAGCCUCUGUACCACGGGCUUUGAACCAUCUCAAUUCCGCGGUGGUCAAUGGCAAAAUUUACGUCUUAGGCGGACUUGCAGAUGCGGGCGAGAAACUGCGUAAAUGGCGUGCUGUGCCUGAUUCGUGGGUCUACAGUCCAUCGACAGAUUCGUGGGACAAAUUACCAGGCCUACCUAUAAGAGAAGCGCGAGGCAGUGCUGCAGUAGGCGUCUACGAUAACAAGAUAUAUCUCGCGGGCGGGCUGAUCGAUACUGAACUCUUUCCUAACGGCAAAGAGCAUGCUGUCCCCAUCGUGUCAAUAUUCGAUACCAUUACUGCAACUUGGCUCCCGGUUCCAAAAUCCACACAAAAUAUUCCAGAGAGUCGUGAUCAUGCCGGUGCAGCAGUCGUAGGAUCGAAAAUGUACAUCCUUGGUGGUCGGAACGGCGGGCAGCUCCACAUUCGAGACACUGUCUUCGUCCUAGAUCUCUGCAAUCUUAAAGUGGGAUGGAGAACUAGCUCGGCGAAGAUGCCGACGCCGCGAGGUGGCGUUGCGGCAGGUGCGGUGGGUACUAAGAUUUUCAUUUUCGGUGGAGAAGGUAACACAGCUGCCAAGAGCGGUGUUUUUGACCAAGUGGAGGCAUACGAUACGCGAAGGGAUGUCUGGGAAAGCUUUGGAAGGAUGAGGUUACCAAGGCAUGGAACGUAUGCGGUCGGCAUAGGCAAGAGGGUGUAUGUCCCCGGCGGAGGAGUAAUGCAGGGUGGUGCACCAGUGAUGAAUUUUGACGUCUUUACGCCUUAUAAAGCGAAAACAUGACGAGGAAUAAAGAGCAAGC